AUGGUAUCCGAGGAAGAAUAUCCCUCCAACGCCAAUGCAGAUCUGGAGAAGCAAGAUAGUUCCAGUUCCGGCGGCAACGUUCGCUCUCCUGGAGGAACUCCCAGACCAAGCCAUGAAAAGAAAAGGCGCAGAAGUGGAGCCAAUGGAAGUGGAAGCUCAAACAACAUCGAGAAUGGAACUGUCAACGGCCACUCCAAAACGGAAUUGAAGGAGUGGGAAUGUUACGACAAGCUAGGCUACAGCUUUCCCUGGUGGAAGAAAUGGGCCAUCAUCUCGGUCAUCUUCGCAGUCCAGACAUCUAUGAAUUUCAAUGCUAGCAUCUAUGCGAGCAGUAUCACUCUUUAUGCAAAGCAUUUCAGCAUCACAGAGCAAGCGGCUCGCGUUGGCCAAAUGGGUUUCCUCGUCGCCUAUGCAUUUGGCUGCGAGUUCUGGGCUCCUUUUAGUGAGGAGUUUGGCCGAUGGCCUAUCAUGCAAUUGAGCUUAUUCUUUGUCAACGUUUGGCAAAUUCCCUGCGCGCUGGCUCCGAACUUUGGCACGAUUAUCGUAUGUCGCAUUCUCGGUGGUCUUUCAUCUGCCGGUGGCUCAGUGACGCUGGGCAUGGUCGCGGAUAUGUGGGAGCCAGAAGAUCAGCAAUAUGCUGUCGCUUUCAUUGUGCUAUCAUCCGUGACAGGCUCAGUCAUUGCACCGGUUGUCGGUGGAUUCGUGGCGACAUUCUUGGACUGGAACUGGAAUUUCUGGGUCCAGCUUAUUCUCGGUGGCUUCGUGCAAAUAUUGCACUUGUUCGUUCCAGAGACAAGGUGCAGCAUCCUUAUCACUAGAGAGGCGAGGCACAGACGCAAGAAUGGGGAAAUGGUGUGGAGUGGCAACGAGCUCAAGAAGACGCGCAUGUCUUUCCGCUGGGUAUUCAUGGUUUGGGUACGGCCCUUUAUCAUGUUUCUGCGAGAACCAAUUGUCCUGUGUCUCUCGCUUCUUAGUGGUUUCAGUGAUUCCCUGAUCUUCACAUUCUUGCAGUCUUAUACACCGGUUUACAAGCAAUGGAACUUCACUACGAUUACGACCGGACUGGCUUUUCUCCCACUUUUGAUCGGAUAUUUCAUUGCCUAUUUCUCAUUCAUGCCAUGGAUUCGUCGGCAUUACAGGAUCCAACAAAGAGAUCCUGAUGGGCUACAGCCGGAGGCUCGUCUUUACUGGUUGCUAUGGAUGGCGCCACUUUUAUCGAUUGGUCUGUUUGGAUUCGCAUGGACGAGUCUUGGGCCACCCCAAGUCCAUUGGAUUGCACCUAUGAUCUUUUCAUCUUUGAUUGCCAUUGCCAAUUAUGCAAUUUAUAUGGCAACAGUCGAUUACAUGAUCGCAGCAUAUGGCCCAUACGCCGCCUCAGCAACAGGAGGCAACGGCUUUGCACGCGACUUUCUCGCUGGUAUUGCAGCCAUGUAUUCCUUCCCUAUGUACGAGCAUAUGGGCACAGUUCACAAACUAGAAUGGCCAUCCACAUUCCUAGGCUUCAUGGCCAUCCUCUUCACCAUUCCCAUCUACGUCUUCUACUGGAAAGGCCCCCGGAUCCGAGAAAUGUCUCAUUUCGCGCAGACCUUGGCUUCGGACAGGAAAGCGGCUGGCCGCAAGGUAUCAUCUUGUGGUUCCGGCGAUCCAGAUCCUGUCGAGCGAUAUCUGUCAUCGCGAUCUGACCUGCCGGACAGAUGUUCCACUGACUCUCGUCAUGGGUGUUAA